CUCUCUUCAUAUUCAACGUUUAAGUGUUUUUUUUUUGGAAGAGGAUCAUAUGUUUUCAAUAUUGCUGCAAAAAAGGAAGGUUCUUUCCUUAAUAUUUGCCCUUCUUAUAAUAGUGGUCGUAUAUGAAGCCUCUAGUUUUUAUUUCGACUUGCCUUUAAGUCGUGUGACCUCAACCGGUUGGUUAACUCAAGAAGAAGAUCAUCUCCAACCAUCUCAGAAAUCUCAGCCAUCUGAGCCAGUAUCUCCUCAACUGUUCUGGAGUCUGAUUUUCAAGAUAUAUGAUUCAAAUAAGAUACCCACGGAUGAAGGUGAUUGGAUUAAAUAUCCCCCCAAUUUGAAUAGGGAUUUCGCAAAGACUAGAAGACGACUUUUGCAAAGAUGUGAGGUUUCCCAUACCCAUUUAGAAGAAAUUAAAAGAAAACAUGCGGCUGUUGUCUCUGAUCUCCCCGAUGUUUUACCUGACAACACAUAUGAACCUGCAUCCAAGGGGAUUGUCAUGGUGGGUGGAGGAUUCUUUUCUUGGCUUUCAUUUUUGUCAGUAUUACAACUACGUGAACUUGGCUCUACUUUGCCUAUUGAAAUAGUUAUACCUUCAGCUAAGGAAUACGAUCCUAUCUUUUGUGAUGAGCAACUACCAAAAUAUAAUGCCAAAUGUGUGGUUAUAACAGAGCAGCUAGGCUUGAGUGACACAGAUUGGCAAUUUGAAAAAUACCAAUACAAGGGUUUAGCUCUAUUGGUUAAUUCAUUUCAGCACGUAUUCCUUCUCGAUUCAGAUAAUUUCCCAGUUGCAAAUGUUGAUCAAUAUUUUGAAUCCCCAGUUUACAAGGAUAAUGGAAUGGUACUUUGGCCAGAUUACUGGAAACAUUCAAUUUCUCCAUUAUAUUAUGACAUCGCCAAUUUGUCAGUAACAUUUAAUAAACAAGUUAGACUGGGAGCUUUUGAUUUACUUGAACCUUAUACAUUAAAUGCAGCAGAAAUGGAUGGAGCUACUUUCCACGACUUGGAAGGAACAAUUUCUGAUUUGUCAACUGAAUCUGGACAAUUAAUUGUGAAUAAAGCAACCCAUGGAAAGAUGCUUCUUUUAUCAUUAUACUAUAAUGUUGUUGGACCACAUGUCUAUUAUAGACUAUUCAGUUUAGGUGCCAGGGGUGAAGGUGACAAGGACACAUUUGCAUCAGCUGCUCUCGUGACUAAAUCUCCAUACUAUCAAGUUAAGUCAUAUAUUAAAACCUUCUUUAUGACCUUCAAGGAUGAAUCUACUAAAAGUUCUGCCAUGGGACAACAUGACCCACAGUUGGAUUAUGAAUUAUUCAAUGCUAAAUAUGCAGAAUUGAAAGCCGACCCUAAAACCAAGUUUUCCUCAUUGGAAGAUCAAAAACAAUUGUUAGAAAGCUUUAAUAAGAAAUACUUUCACAAAGUUGACACUGUGCCUGUAUUUUCACUUCAUUGUAAUAUUUGGAAACUUGAUCCUCCUGAUUAUAUGGGAAGGGAUGCUAUCUAUAACGCUAAGGAAAAUAGAUUGAGUACGAGAAUGUACAACAAUUUCACAUACAUUCAAGGCGAAAAUGAAGAAGUCGACUUUGAAUUGCAAAGAUGGAAAUUUGCCCAUAAGAUAGCUUGUGAAGACAAGGUUAUGUUUUCCAAUUUUGAAGGAAAAGAUAUGAAGAAAGUUUGUCAAUUUAUCUCUAAUUCCGUUAAGUGGUUAAGGGACACUUCAGUAGCAGAGACAGUAUAAUGGAAUGAUAUGAACCAUAUCCAAUUAAUAUGUACAGUAUAUAGCUUUUUUAUUGCUCAUUAGACAUUUACUUUUAUUUUAAAAUACGCGAACUUUUAC